AUGAAAAAGAAAGAUCUUAAGCAACAUAAUGGAUCCAGAAGCUCAUGGAAAGAGACCACCAGUACUAACAUCUUCAAAACAAGAUAUGUCACCUCAUAUUACACAUUUGGUGAAAUGAAGCAUUACUUGUGUGGCUGCUGUGCAACCUUCAACAACGUCGCAAUCACAUUUCCCAUUCAGAAGGUCCUCUUUCGACAACAGCUGUAUGGCAUCAAAAUCCGGGAUGCAACACUUCAGUUGAGAAGGGAUGGAUUUCGAAACUUGUAUCGUGGAAUCUUUCCCCGAUUGAUGCAGCAGACAACUACACUUGCACUUACGUUUGGUCUGUAUGAGGAUUUAUCCUGCCUUCUUCACAAGCAUGUCAGUGCUCCAGAGUUUGCAAUCCAUGGCGUGAUAGCAGUGCUUGCAGGGACAACAGAAGCAAUUUUCACUUCAGACAUUGCUUCAAGACCACAAGCAUCAUGA